AAUUAGUUUUGGAGUUGCUGUUGCAAUUAUUACUAAAAUUGCCCAAAUAUUCUCUUUUGUUGGGGAUCGAAGCAGUGCAUUGCUCCCUUUAAUUUAUUAAGAAACCCUCGUUUAAAAAAAUCCAACAUUCAAUGCUAAAGUGGACCCGCCAACAACAGCGUAAAUCUCUUCAACUUCUACAUUCAUCUGUUGCUAAUCCUUCUCUGGAAAGUCCUUCAAAUCUUCAAAUUAAAAAAAUCUCUUACUCUAACAACUUUUUUGCUUCGCCUGAAUAUUCUUCAAGAAAUUUAACUUCAAAAAUGCCUACCAUGACUCAUACUUUGGAAAGACGUUUACAUCGUCGCUCUUUGGAUAAUCAGCUAGACAGUGCCUUGGGAGAGGAGAGACGCAGAUCUCGCAAUUCCCUAACUGGAAAUCAUAACAAAGAAAAUUUUGGGGUACACUUCAUGCGUCAAUCCUUUGGCAACACCAGUUUGAGUGCUUUGCAGGACUUGAGUAAUGGCAAAAGUCCUAGACGUUCCACAGAUGAUACUCCAACACCACCACCUCCAGCACCAUCCAUUAACAUAAAACGAAGAAAUUUAAGAAGAGCCUCUCUACAACUGGAAAGAUCUCCCAACUUAAAUGAUCAUCUGGGCUCCCGUUUUUCCGAUGAUUUUGCCUUGGAGGAUGAUAUAACACCCUUGUCACGCUUGCGUUUUCGCAAUAAAAUCAAGGAAGAAUCUUUGUCUUCCUCGCGUAUGGGUGAUGUUACCUUGGAUCGCAUGCUGGAUGCCAUUAUUGAAAGUGCUCGCAAGGAUGUCAAAGAGAUAUGCAAACAAAAGACUCCCGAAAAGCCCAAAAAGGAAGUGGAAAAAGAGCAGGAUAAAGAUGAGAGCAUACACGAAAUGGAGGUGAGAACACCACAGCAUUUGAAGCGUCAACGGGUGGUAAGAAGAAAAAAUCCCAAACAUACCGAUAAGAAACAAGGCAAAGAAAAUCGCCAAAGAAGAAUAGAAGAAACUGAAGCAAAUCAAAAGGGGCUGAAGAAUGAGGGAAAUACUUUUCUGGUCAGUCCUCCUCAAAGAGAAAUGAUAGGCCUAACCUUGCCCAAUGGCAUACCCAGUCCGGAGACUCCCACAUUUCAGCAGCAUGCAAAUCAUUUGUCCUUAUUGAAUAUGGAUACUCCUCCCCAACAACUGACCUUUGAGGUGGGCCAUAGUGUACAGCGCUGCAGUACUCCUGAGUUGGGCGAAUCACAAGCCAUUAAGCGUUGCCUUAGCUUUUCAUGUGCCAGUGAGGAGGAUGCUGAUGGUAGCUAUAGUCAGAGCAAAAGGGGCUCGGUGGCCUCUUCCAUAGCCAGCUCUAGCAAUGAGCACUACAGUGGUAGCUGUUCUUUGAACUCUUUGGAUAUGGGCGGACGAGGAUCUUUGGAUGUGGCCAUCUAUUUGGACAAUGAGACUUUAAAUGUACAUGUUAUACGUUGCCGUGAUCUUCAGCGCUCCAAUGGCAGCUCUGCCAACACACUCAAUGCUUAUGUCAAAGUGGCCUUGAUGCGUGGUGAAACCCAGCAUCAAAAUCAACACUUUCAACGCACUGUGGUGCAUCGUCAUUCGAACCGUCCCUACUUUGAUCAUUGCUUUAAAUUUGAUUUGUCCGACUUAGCGGCAGCAGUUGAAGAAAUCAAACCAGAAGAUCGUCUACAAAUGUCCGUGUGGCAUAGAGAUCGUCAGCAUAAACGCAGUGAAUUCAUAGGUUGUAUAUCAUUUCCAUUGGCAACAUUGUUGCAGCAAACGGAAAUCAAUGGCUCCUAUAAAUUACAAGCCCAGACCUGUUUGAAUCAGCCACAAACACUAACAACAAACGAAGUGUUGCUGCAACAGCAACAGCCAGCAAUUAAUCAUUAUCCCUGUCAGCAUCAGCAUCAGCAGCAACAACGUCAUACAAAAACUUACACAUCGCAACAACAAGCAUUGUCAGUGUUGUCACAAGCAACAGCCUUACAAUACGACUCAAGCACAUUGGCCAUGGCAGCCAUGACCCAGAUGCGUAACACCGACGAUGCUGUUAGUAUUGAUAGUAUGGCUGCACCAGUAGCAUCGUCGGGUGGCCUGCUGGACCAUCACCAACAGCCGCCCAUGAUAUUGAGUAAGAAAGCCUUGCAUCAGCGUGAUGCUGAUGAGAAUUUAUUCCUGCGUUUUCUCGAACUUGAUCCGCCAGCCAGCGAUGCAGUGCCAACCACACCAGGCGGUCGUCGUAACUCAAAUGCGAAACCAAUUGGCCGUACCCCCUUUACAAUGACAAAGAAAUUGACACGGACCGCUGAGCGUGGUUUUGGCUUUUCCAUCGUGUGGACACAUCCACCGCGUGUGGAGAAGGUGGAGCCGGGCUUGUCGGCGGAUCGUUGUGGCAUCUUGCCCGGUGACUAUGUGAUAUUUGUUGACAAACACAAUGUGGUUACUAUGCCCGAGGCUGAUGUUCUAAAUCUAAUACGUUCACAAGGUGCCACACUCACUUUGGAGAUUUUUAGAAGAUCAGGUUCUGGUACGGGAGCUGCAGCUACUGGUAGCAGUCACACUACAACAACGGCCACCACGGCAACACAUCGGUCACUGGCCACCACAAUACCCAUGAAUGGCAAAAGUUCACGUAUGGCAGCGAGUGGCACCAGCAUCAAUAAUGUCACCGCAGAUGAUAAUUCGGCAGUGGCCUCUUUGGUAUUGAAGCAGGUGGCACCACCAGUGCAUCGGCCACCUACAGCGUGUUCGGUGGGCACCAUGUCAUCGGUGGAGGCAGCGAAAAGACGUUUAAAUUUACCUCAGGUUACGUUUAGUAAAGAGAGCAUCUCACCCAUUACGGAUAAUCGAAGACGUUUUCUCCUGCAGCUGAUAUCACGUGAACAGAAUUUCAUGUCCGCGCUACAUUUUGGCAUGCAAAGAUUUGUGCAGCCUCUGCAGGAGCGCAAAGAUCUGAUAACGCCCAAUGAUCAUCGAACGUUAUUUCAAAAUAUGGAUGAGCUGCUGAGAAUAUCAGAGGAUAUAUUGGAACAAUUGUGCCAUGAUGAUCAAGAGCCUCAAAUGAAUUUUGCCUCAAGGGUGUAUUUGUCCAAGACAACAGCAAUAUGUGCGGCCUAUAAGAAGUAUUGCAAUGGCAUAAAGAGGGCCGAUUGUGUAUUGGUUAACAAAUCCCGCCAAACCGGUUCCGAAUUUGUUGCCUUCAUUACUGAACCUCCAGUGCCUCGCAAGCGACCCGACCUUACCAUGUUCAUACACCGUCCGCUACAGCAUUUUCGUGAGAUUUUGAAACUAAUGCAGCUCUUGGCCUCCAAUUGCCAUGUGGACACCGAGGAGCAUAAAAACUUUACCACAGUCAUUAAUGAGCUGCAGGCAGCUUAUCGUGAGAUUACCGUCUCCUCCGGUCUUAUGGAGCCUUUGGGUGAGGGCCGUCCCCUGUUGACGUUGCAGGAUUUAGAGUCGCGCAUGGUCUUUACCAAAUGCAAGCCUUUCACAUUGGCCGUUCAAGGACGCCAAUGGAUAUUUGGUGGUGAUCUUUCGCGUGUGGAGGGCAGGUCGGUGAAGCCCUAUUGGACUUUGUUGUUUAGUGAUAUCAUAGUGUUUGCCAAGGUUAGUAGAGAUCGGGUGUUGUUCAUCACCGAGGAGCCCAUACCCAUAGCGAAUAUUGUGGAUUCAUGUUUUCAUAUGAGAAAAAAGACUACAGAAUUCCGUUUGACAGUAGAUCCCAAUGGGCGCUUAGCUGAAAGUCCCACCGGUUAUUGUGCUCCCGACCUAACAAAGACCCCCAAAAAGGGCUCAAGACGCAAAAGUCUGGUAUUGAGGGCACCCUCAUUGGAACUUAAGGCUGUGUGGCAAAAUCUUUUGCAAAGGCAAAUAUUCCUAGUCAAUGCCGCUUUGGGCUCCACGCCCUUAUCAAGUCCCCUGGACUCUCCAGACGUUCUAAAUACUUUAGUGCCCCUGAGUGAUAUUGGCAUUGCCUCAGCCUCCAUUGGCUCCAUAAAACUCUCCUCCAUGGACAGCAUCAAUCUGAAGAAUCAACAGCAUAAUCAACAGAACAAUCGCCUGGCCCCCCAUGUCUCCGAACAAAUCGAGAAACUCAUCGAUGAGAAAUGUCGAAUUCUUAACAAAACCGGCACCUCCAAGUCCAGCGCUUUGCAUUUGGCCAAUUGGAUGAAGGGUCAGUUGGAUAAGCAACAGGAACAGGCUCGCCAGGUGGUGGCACGCUUUAUACCUGAACCCCAUCCAAAUGAUAAAAUCCGUCAUGAGCAGGAAGAUGAUGCCUCAGGGGCAGAGCAAGCCGAUGAACACAUAACCUAUUGGACGCGCCAGCAGCUGGAAAAGCGAACCCAAGAACUGAAUUUAUCCAAGGAAAAUGGUCUCUCCGCCCAAGCGAAUUUCGGAGGCAAACGCCACAGUGGUGUGGAUGUACUAAGCAUGAGUGGUUUCUCACAAUCAGAGGCAGCCAGUCAAAUAAGUCAGUCGCAUAGUACCACCUCCGAUAGUCAGAUCACAGUACGUUCAAGCCCCAUUGUCUUAGAUAAAUUAGCCGUUUGUCGCCAUUGUCAUAAAAAUUGCCAGAAAAAUACUAAAAAUGCUUCCACCACCAAUAACAAUGCAUCCUCCGACCAAUUACAACAACCACAUCAGACCACUCAUAUGACUGAAGAUCAUAAGGACACAGCCAAUGCCAUGAAAAAUUCCAAUAGUUGUCCCCUCUCGCCUACAUCGCUGCAAAGGGCCACUGCCUCGGGCCUAAUGUGUAAUUCGCUAAAGGUGCAGCACAGUCAAUCGUCACCACAUCGUUGUUGUAAUGUCAAUGGUAGUGCCAGUCGAGCGAGUAGUAUCACCAGCAUAUCAUCGGGCACGGUAACUGGAGACAAGCCAGCUGCCGCCGCCCAGCAUCCCAACGCGCACAGUAGUAAUCGUGACGUAGAUGAUACCGAAAGUGAUGUGGCCCAAUUGCUAACCGAUGAUAAUUGUGCCUCGGAAACCACUGUAGAUGAGGAAGACCAUGGGCCUGCCGCCCCAGCUGGCAAGGCUGGCCACCGUAAAGGCCCCAGUGAGGAGGCCAACACCAGUUCAACGACCAGCUCGGCCACCAGCUCCACCACAAGCACCACCAGCAUCAGCAGCACCCAGCUGGAAGCGACCGGCGGUUCAAGCACCAACAACCAGGAAACGGACACCGACACCGGAGUCUCUGGUGCUGAGCGAUUCCCCGGAAGGCUCAGUCAUUUACGAAUUCUAGAUCAACGCAACGAGGCCAUGUUGCUGGCCAAUGGCCAUUGUGCCAGUGAGGAAUAUGAGAAUUUGGAUCGUCAUAAGCCUGAACCCCCUCCCCGCAAGAUAUUGAAUGUGUCACCCAAGAAAGCCAAAAACAGCCAGCAGGAAGCCAAGAUGGUGGGCCAAGUACAUGAGACGGUCAAAAUGAGUGUCACCAUAACGGAAACAGCGAAAAUAGUACGCAUUGAAGAAACCUCCAGCAACACCAGCCCCACGCCGCCUGUGAAAAGUCCUCGAUCGCCGAAAGCCCCCAAAUCGCCAAAAUCCCCCAAAACUCCUCUCACCCCCAAAUCGGACAGAUCGGCAAGUAGUUCCAAUAAAUCCAAACAAUUUGUGGCCUGCACUUGCAAUUGUCUACCUGAGGAUUUUGCCAAUGCAACGCUCUCGCCGGAGGAAGUGGAGUUGAAGACCUGCAAAAUGUUGGAGUCGCCCAAACAAUCUCCGAAAAUGCCAAAAUCGCCUGCUUUCAAAACUGAAGACAGAUGGAAAGGAGAGAGAGAAGAGGAGGCCGAAAAAGAACCCUCUAGCAAGGACAAUCCCCAUAGGUUUUGUCGCUGCACCUGCUCGCAAAAUAAAGCCAGUAAAGAAGAGCCAACCUUAACCUCCUCUGAGGAGAAGGACGACGAUGAUCUUUCACUUAUGCUGAUAGGUUUGGCCCAGCUGACGCCCACAGCCAAGCUCUUGAAUAUGACCACACCCACAGCGCCCCUGCCCACACCCACACAAACAUAUAGCAACUAUGCUGAGAACGGUUUUGUACCCACCAUAGCCAUAGUACCUGCCACCCCUGAUUCCGUGCUUACCAAAACCUCCACCAAUGUCUGGGACAACUCCACCCACAUUACUACCUCCCCCGCAGCGGCAUCAGGUAAUUUGCUCAUUAGCAAUAUACCCCGCCAUCAAGCUGUCAUCGAGAACAUACCCGAAGAUUCCUGUGAUGAGUCGCCUUUGGAUGAGGAACCUCCCUAUAGGCCCAUGAUGAAUACCCUGAGACGUUAUGGUACCAUGUCUAGUUUGGAAAAACUGCCCUCCGAGGAUAGAGGAGAAAAUGACUACGAUGAUGAUGAGGAUGAAAUCGAUGAUGUAGAGGCCGAUGAUGAUGACGAUGAGGAGCUCAUGGAUAAGGCCCGAGCGGACAAUAUUGAAUUGGAUAGCGAAAUACGAGUGGUCACCAAGGCAAUUUAUUGUAAUGAUGAGGCGGGUGGUUCGGGAGGGAUUUCAGGCUCCACAGCCAAUGCCUGGACCAGUCGAGCCUCCACCUUUGUUUCGGGCAAAAUGUCCUUUUUUGAAGAAUCGCGAGCCUUUAUCGAUAAAUAUUUGGGUAGAUGGAAUCAAGAUCAAACAGAUAAUAACAAUGCCGCCUUGACCUCGGACCCGGAAGAGCAAUUGGAUGAGUGUACCUCGGGAGCCACAUCGGGUGAGGAAGUUUGGGGCACGCCCACCAGUGGGGGAGAUAAUGAUGACAUGCAUAUGGCCAACUCGGAGAAUACCCAUUCGUCCCCCACCAAGUCCAGCAACUCCCUUAAUGAUGAUGACGACACCGAACUUAUGAUGGAUGAAUUGCUGAUGGCACCGCCCAUGUCAGCCAGCUCCAUAAGAGGAUUAUUGCCACGACGACGCCUAGAACCUUUGUUUGAAGAGGAAACGGAAAGUGACGAAGAGAAAACUCAACAGGAAAGUGAAGAAUUAAAAAAGGGGGAAACAACGACAAAUGGCCACUAUUUAGAGGAUUCGGAAGCUGGAAGUUCCAGCGAGGAGGAGGAGGAGGACGAGGAGGAGAUGGGGGAGGAGGAGGACCAAGUGAAUACAGCGGAUUACGACGAGGAGGAGGAUCUGACCUCAAUGGAGGAACGUCUACAUCCUCAGUUGCAAACCACUACAGCGGGUCCACGGCCUUUGACCAAACCAGUGGUUGGUGCACACGUACUGCCUCCAGCGGUGCUGAAGGCCUCAUCCUGCGAGUACCUCUUGGAUCAGCGUACGACAACACACAACACCACACUAACUACAACUACAACCGUAAUCGAUCAUACACCAAUGGCGGUUAUCACCUCACCGAAAAUAGCCACAACAAUCGCCAAUCCUACUCCAAACACCAUCACUACCGGCACAGCAGCAAUAUGCUCGACAACGACGAUGACGACGACGACGAUGAUGACGAAAGCUAUGCCAACGAUGACCCCAACAUCCUCGACGACAACGACGAUGACUUAUUCUUCGAUGGCCUCAACAAUACAGACAACACCGAAUCCGGCAGUCUCGUUGGCAUCUACAACAAUCAGCAACGUGAGCGCCACUAUCAAGAACGAGAAAGACGCCAGCAGCGGCAAAUUGCUGGCGGCGGCCGGGCCAGUGGCGCCGGCUGUAGGGCCAAUGGAGAGGAAAGAAGUGAAAACCUUGCCACGACCAGCGAAAUUUAUACCACCUCCACCGCCGCCACGUCGUCUCUUAUUGACUCAAACAAAUCUCAAGACAAGUGGAACGGUUACAAAAUCACCACCAAAAGCGCCCCAACCUCAACGAAAGUCUGGCGUUUCUGCUGACAGUGGCUCUUCCGUGGGUGCCAUCGUCGACGACGCGUUCGCCGCCAGCAAUGUUAUACCCACGGCAGCAAAUACACCCGCGCCUCAACGCACAGCAACGACGACGACGACGAUGAUGACGAAGACGACGACAACGAUAGCGACACCGAAAACAAUAACCGUGGCGGAUGUUUGCGAUACCAAAGGUUAUUCCGCAAGCAACGUGAAGGCCACGACAGUGUACGACUCAGCGAAAGUGCAGCAGGAGCAGCAACGACUAUCGUCAACAAUAAUCGAGACCUCGCUGCUGAGCAUGGUGGACAACAUCAACGCCAGCAGCAGUUGCAGCAACAGACCACGCUGCACAUCAUCAACAACAGUUUCGAUGCUGAAGGCGAGGGGGCCGGCGAAACAAGAAAUCAAGAGCAAAACACGAAUGGCCUCGGCCACGAGGGAGGAAUUGGAGGAACAGAUGCUGGUGGAGAUGGAGUGGAUGGAACGAGAACAAGGAAGAGAUUCCACAUUGAUUUAUGCACAGCGCGAAGCAGUUGGCUCGGCCUUAAGUCCUCGCCUAGAGAUGCGUUUGGCACUCAAUCAGGAUAUAAUGGGAGACGAAGACUUGAUAAGCUACGAUCCUGGACCCGAGCUAACAACUAUUCUGGUGCAAGACCUCUCCACGUUUCAUCGUCUGACGGGUCGCGAUUUAUUGAAUCGCUCAGCCAUGAACCGGGUGCAACCAAAAGAGGCUGUCAUAUCGUACUCACAACAGCGAAACUCGAAGAUGGAUACGCCCACAGUGAAUCGCAGGCCACGUCCUCAACAACUCAACAGCAGCAGCGCCACCACCAGCACCAACGGCACCAACGCGGCCUCAAUGACGAUGCCAGCAGCCGUUCCGGCUUCGUCAAUGCCUUUCGCUGGCUCGGCACGUGUCGCCGGCGUUCCACAACACCUGCAGCCAAAUCGAAAUACAUGGAGCAGUUCUGCAUAUGCGGAUCCAAGCAGAGACGGGAACGUAAGCGACGCAAACAACAGCGACGACAGCAAAUUAAGCGAUCUGGAAAUCUUAGCGAGACGCGAGAAGAUAUACUGCAUGUCUCAAUUGAGGAGUGGCUCACGAGCCAAGAUGGCGAAGACGAUGACGACAACAACGGCAACAUCGAAAGUAACCGCAACGGGCCACGCAACGACAACCAUGAUGACCGACAGCAAUUUAUCGAACAGUCCUCUGAUGAGGACGACGAGUUCUACUUCGAUGGCCGCUGCGAGUGAAGAACUAGGUAGUGGGUCAAAAUCUGGCCAUAGACAACGUAAAAUCGGUCGUGAUGAGUCUGCUCUAAUGGAAACUGGCAAGGCUAAUAAAUUAAUUAAUUUUAUUAAACGUCGCAAUUCCGAAGUACCCUCAAGCGCCAAUAACUCACAAACCUCGCUUAAUGACUCGAAUUCCAGUAGCACGCCUCAGCACACUAAGCAGCCACCAAGUUCGCCACGCAAGGAUAAUGACAAACCGUCUUUGAACCGCCGCCUAUGGAAACAAAUAACAAAACGUCGACGUUCCAAUUCCGUUUCCGAGCUGGUGGCCUCUUAAAGGAUCUCUCCAUCCAGCACAGAGCUUUUCUUGUUGUACUACUUAGACAGUACACAGACACACCCUAAAAGCAGAACACGAACCUUGUGAUGAAAUCCCAAGAAAACCAAAACAAAAUCAGAAACCAGUCCACAUUCAAUCAAGUUUUGUUCAAUCUCUGAUUGCAUGUACAGCAUAGUUCAACCAACUAAGUAGAAUGCGCAAUAUUUUGCUAGAGCUCCCAUGUGUAGAGAAUGUUAAGAAACAAUUAACACUAAUUUUUGAAUGGGUUUUCACACGAUGAGAAUGGAGAAGAAAAACGAAAAACAAUUUUGUAAAAUGAACUGAUUUACUAUUAGACCUAAGGCUUUGAGUGUUAAGAAACUAAUACUAGAAAGUUUUGAAUUUUAAGUUAAUUUUGGUAUUAAUUCAAACGAAAGGUCAAUUAAUUUGCUUUAGAAAAAGGAAAGAAAGCGGAGAGAGGUAGAAACAAAUUCAAGAAUUGCAUAAAAAUAAAAGACAUAUUAGAGAAAUUAGCAAAUUUUUGUAUAAAAAUAUCCAAUUUUUCACAGAGUGUUUGAAGGCACACUUUAAAGGGCAAUGUUGUACUUAAAAAUGGUCUUAAAGGAACUUUUGUGAUUCCUUUAUGGACCAGGAAGAUCAGAUGACUUAACCUUUUUGACUUCUAUUUUCCUUUAAAUAGCUGUCUCAGAAUGACUAGACUAUUAACAGACUUCCAUAGUAUUAAAAAGAAGCAUAGACUUAUAAUUUGCUGUCUUAAUCAGCAGGUCUGCUGUAACAGAAAUUAUUUUUAAAUCUUGGAUCUAGGACAAAGAUGACAAAGCCUUACAUGUUUUCCUCAUUUCCCAGAUAUUUUCACAGUUGUCUAAAAACACUACAGACGAUUUAAACAUGUGGAUGUAUGCUAAGUUCUAUUCUCUGAAUCCUUUGAAUCAGGUGUUCCUGAAGUUUGGUAUAAUGGUGUACAGAAGAAUCAUUGAGCUGGCUUUGGCUCAAUAAUUCCAGCGCCAGAUAAAACUGGAAAAGGCAUCUAAAUUUUGAGUGUACCUUAUAAUGCGAGUUGAUUAGGGAAUUGGUUGAUUGAAUAUCAUAUCCUUAGUUGAUGUUGUUGUAGUUGUAGUAGCAGUGUGUGGUACACUGAGGCAGCAGCCCUUUGGCGAUGAAGGAAUUCAUCGGGUCAAUCCGGUACAUACAACCGGCUGCCAUGGGAUUGGUUAUUGUAUGCUUAGUUGAUCUUCCAUACUGGGCCUGGCUUACUGCAGCUUAAAGCCUUUGACAGAAGGCGGACUCUGCGACGCCAUCACAUCACUUAGUUUUGAACCAUGGCAAAGCAUAAGCAAUCCAAUUAAGGAUAUACGUCCCGAGAAAAGCAAAACCUACCCAUACUGGAUCCUGCAUCUAAAGAUUGAAGAGCCUAUGUUGGCUAUUUUAUUUGCGAAGUUACGAGGCACUGUAACGUAAAGCAUCAACUUUUCAACUUUGAUACAAUGACUAAUGAAGAGGUGUGAAAUCGAACGUCGAAGCGAAACAGGAUAUCUUAAGAUAUUGAGUGAGUAAGUGGGGCUAUUCCUAGGCCUAGGCAGCCAGCUUACAGAGGCAUGGGGCCUAUGAAAUCGGGCGAAUACGACGGUACUUCACUGAAUACCAAAACGUGGCUGAACACUGGCAGUUCAAAUGACGAAAAGUGGUAUAAAUCGAGCAACGAUGAGUUGUCUCUUGUGUCUAAGAGAUGCUAAGGAAAUCAUGGCCGUUAUAUUUGUACAGAUGCUAGUCACAGUAACGGGAAUUAUAUUCACCAUGAAUGUGAAAACAAAGACAAAUGAAGAGCAGGGAACCGUGGUCAGGUCUCAGGGGCUCCAUUGUAAGAGAAUUUCGGACAAGGCUCUUUAAUUGGGAAUGUGGAUCCUUUACUAUUGGGUUGCCCAAAAAGUAAUUGCGGAUUUUUCAUAUAGACGGCGUUGACAAAUUUUUUCACAGAUUUUUCAAGAUUUUUUUCAAGAUUUGACAAAGGUAUUGGUGGAUCGGAUAUCCUAGACUCCGCUGGUCUUUGUUUACUGCAGGACGGUGGUUAUCUCCUCCUAAUGCUGGCGCCAUUUGUGAGGUACUUUGCCAUGUUAAAACUUCUCCCCAAAUAGGAGUCGCAGUGCGGCACGCCUUUCAGACUCGGCUAUAAAAAGGAGGUCCCUUAUCAUUGAGCUUAAAGUUGAAACGGACAGCAGUCAUGGAUUUGUGAGAAGUUUGCCCCAGUUCCUUAAUGGAAUGUUCAUGGGCAAAUUUAUAUGUAUCGAAAUAUGAUCCGAUUUGGACCAAAUUCGGCACGGACAUUGAGCGGUCUAAUAAAUAUUAGUCACUGUUCAAUUCUGUAGAACCAACUAUUGGUGUUUUUUGGCAGUUAUAUCCAAAUAUAGACCGUUCUGGACCAUAUAAGACUCGCAUGUCGAAGAGCCUAAAAUAAGUCACCGUGCAAAAUUUCGGGGAAACCAAAAUUUCGGGGAAAUCAAAAUUUCGGGGAAAUCAGACAAUAAAUGCCCCUUUUAUGGGCCCAAGACUUUAAAUCGAGAGAUCGGUCUAUAUGGCAGCUAUAUCCAAAUCUGGACAGAUCUGGGCCAAAAUAGAAAAGGAUGUCGAAGGGCUUAGCACAACUCACUGUCCCAAAUUUCAGCGAAAUCGGUCAAUAAGUGCGCCAUGUAUGGGCCCAAUACCUUAAAUCAGCAGAUCGGUAUAUAUGGGAGCUAUAUCCAAAUUUCGACCAAUCUAACCCAAAUUUAAAAUGGGUGUCAAGGGGUCUAACACAUCUCACUGUCCUAAAUUUCAGCGAAAUCGGACAAUAAAUGCCCCUUUUAUGGGCCCAAGACUUUAAAUCGAGAGAUCGGCCUAUAUGGCAGCUAUAUCCAAAUCUGGACCGAUUUGGGCCAAAUUAAAGAAGAAUGUCGAUGGGCCUAACAAACAUCACUGUACCAAAUUUCAGCAAAAUCGAAUAAUAAAUGUGGCUUUUAUGGGCCCAAGACUUUAAAUCGAUAGAUCGGUCUAUAUGGCAGCUAUAUCCAAAUCCCGACCGAUCUGGUCCAAAUUGAAGAAGGAUGUUGAAGAGCCUAACACAACUCACUGUCCCACAUUUCGGCGAAAUUGGACAGCAAAUGCGCCUUUUAUGGGCCCAAGACUUUAAAUCGACAGUUUGGUCUAUAUGGCAGCUAUAUCCAAAUCCGGACCGAUCUGGGCCAAAUUGAAGAAGGAUGUCAAAGAACCUAACACAACUCACUGUUCCAAAUUUCAGCAAAAUCGGACAAUAAGUGCGUCUUUUAUCGGCAUAAGGCCUUAAAUCAAGAGAUCGGUCAAUAUGGCAGCUAUAUCCAAAUUUGGACCGAUCUGCGCCAAACUGAAGAAGGACAUCGAGUGGCCUAACACAACUCACUGUCCCAAAUUUCUGCAAAAUCGGGCGACAAAUGUGGCUUUUAUGGGUUUAAAACCUUAAAUCGGCAGAUCGGUCUAUAUGGAGGCUAUAUCAAGAUAUAGUCCGAUAUAGCCCAUCUUUAAACUUUACCUACCUAUGGACAAAAGGCUAUAUGAGGUUAUGGACUGAUUUAGACCAUACUGCACAGUUGUUGGAAGUCAUUUUUCAACGAUAUAUGCAAAAUUUAAGCCAAAUCGUUUAAAAAUUGCGCCCUCUAGAAGCUCAAGAAGUCUAAUCGGGAGAUCGGUUUAUAUGGCAGCUAUAUCAGGUUAUGGACUGAUUUAACGCAUAAUUAGCACAGUUGUUGCAAAUGAUACCAAAGCACCACGUGCAACAUUUCAGCCAAAUCGAAUAAGAAUUGCGGCCUUUAGAGGCUCAAGAAGUCAAGACCCAAGAUCGGUUUAUAUGGCAGCUAUAUAUAAAAAAACAUGGACUUUUUUGGCCCAUUUACAAUCCCAACCGACCUACACUGAUAAGAAGUAUAUGUGAAAAAUUUCAACCGCCUAGGUUUACUCCAACGCAGACGGACGGACAUGGCUAGAUUAGUACACCCCCACCCUAUGGUGAAGGGUAUAAAAAUGGGUCUGAUAUACACUCAACAGAUCUUAUAGACAAAAAUUUUAUGAAAUAUGCUCUAUGUAUAAAAUUUUUUUAAAAUUUUACAAAAUUUUUUUUUUGGAAUUUUGUCCAAAAAUAAAUAUUUAAUCAAAUUUUUUCAAAAAAUAAAAUUUCACUUAAAAUCUCUUUGCAGACAAAAAAUUUAUGGAAUAUUCCCAACAAACAAAUAAUUUAUAAAUCUUUUUUUGACAAAAUAUUUCUAAAAUUUUCUCCAAAGACACUCCCCCUUACCCCAAAAAUAGAAGUCGAUCGAACGGGACAAUAUGGGACUCAAAUGAAAGGUAUUCAGGAGUAAAGUGCGAAUUUGAUAGUAAAAACUGGGUCCAAGUGAAUGGAGGGCCGCCCCAACCCCAAAUCUUCCUAAAAUAGAUUUAUUGGACGAUCAUGGCAAUAUGGGGCUCUGAUGAAAAGUAUUUAGGAGUACUCUACGAAUAUAUUCAGGAAGGAGGAAUAGGCUUGAUAAUUUGUUAAUAUCGGAAGGGGGAGCGGACCCUCCCCUUACCCCAAAAGUACUACCCAAAAAUAGAAGUGGUUCGAACGGGACAAUGUGGGACUCAAAUAAAAGGUAUUCAGGAGUAAAGUGCGAAUUUCAUAGUAAAAAUUGGGUUCAAGCAACUGGAGGGCCGCCCCAACCCCAAAACCCUCUUAAAUAGAUUUAUUGGAAGAUCAUGACAAUAUGGGACUCUAAUGGAAAGCAUUCAGAACGUAGACUACGAAUAUGUUCAGGAAGGGGGAAUAGGCUUUAUAAUUUGUUAAUAUCGGAAGGGGGAGCGGACCCUCCCCUUUAUCCCAAAAGUACUACCCAAAAAUAGAAGUCGAUCGAACGGGACAAUAUGGGACUCAAAUGAAAGGUAUGCAGGAGUAAAGUGCGAAUUUGAUAGUAAAAAGUGGGUCCAAGUGACUGGAGGGCCGCUCCAACCCCAAAACCCUCUUAAAUAGAUUUAUUGGAAGAUCAUGACAAUAUGGGAUUCUAAUAAAAAGCAUUUGGGAGUACUCUACGAAUAUGUUCAGGAAGGAGGAAUAGGCUUGAUAAUUUGUUAAUAUCGGAAGGGGGAGCGAACCCUCCCCCUUAUGCCAAAAACACCACACAAAAUCAAAAGUAGACCGAUUGGGACAAUAUGGGACUCAAAUGAAAGGUAUUGAAGAGUAGAAUUCGAAUAUGGUAUUGAAAUUUGAGUUUUAAAAUCCAUCGUACCGCCCAACCACAAUAAUCCACCAAACAGACAUAUUGACAUAUUGGACGUUCAUGUCAAUAUGGGGCUCAAAUGAAAGGUAUGCGGGAGUAGAUUACGAAUCUGGCAUACAAAAUCAGGUCAAAGUAUAGGGGUAACCCCGCCUCCCAAAAACGCCCCAAAUGGGCAUAUGCCCCAUCAUGACUAUAUGAGACUCGGUUUGCUUGUAUGUUCCGUAGAAUUAAAAACGGCUGAACCAUUUAAAAUUUCACAGGUUGUGUAGGUUUAUCUGGAAGGAAAUAUAGGCUAUAUAAAUUUUAAAUAUCGAAUGGGGUCGGCCGAGAAGAUAUUCUGUUGUCUAUUGAGUUGGUUAGCUCUCACUUUGCCAAAUGGCACAACAUACUCCACUCAACCAUUAACAGUGACUAACGCAGUGGUGGGGUAUGCUUUUGAGCGGCAUUCCGUCGGCUCCUGCUGGUUGACAAAUAAAAUAAAGAUUUUAAUUUUUUAAAAACUAAAUUUGAAACAGCUCAUACUAAAGAUUCUAAAAUGUCAACAAUUUUUCUAAAAAGCAAUAUUUUGCUAAAAAAAGAACCAAAUAUCUCUCCAUUUUAAGUUUUUUACAAGGCUUAUUAUAUUAGCUUUAAAAAAACCGAAAAAAUUCCUUUUAUUACUUUAAUGUUAAAGUUUUUAGUAACAAACAAAACCCACAACAAAGCUUGUCCAUAAAAAAAUUGUAAAAAAUAAAACUCAAAAGAAACAAAAAGCUAGAAAAUCCAUACAAAUCUCAAUUGCACACAGUAAAUAGACUUGAGAAAUCUCCUGCCAUACUUUGUUUAUAAAACCGCAAUACUUUUAACACAACCAAAAAUCUAAAAUGGGAAUUGUCCAGAAAAUGCGAUUUAAGAAAAUUAUUUUCCAAAAAAAAACCAAAAUUAAGACAACAAAAAUAAAACACGACUAUUAUUAGAAUCUGAUAAAAAAACAAAAUUUUAAAUAUGCCUUAGAAAUUUUAAAAGAAAUUGUAAUUAAAUAAUAAUAUAAACAUUUUUUUUCUUGAAAUUGAAUCAAUUAAAGCAAAAGACACUGAAAAAAACCACAGCACCAUUAUUGUAACUUUUAAAUUGAAAAAAAAAAAAUGUUAAAAUCUUUAUAUAAAAAAUUAAAAAAAUUAGGAAACAAACAGUACGACUGUUUGUUUAGUCAGUCAAUAGAAAUAAAAAAAAAAAAUUAUAAAAAACCAGAAAAACGUAAAGACUAUUUUGUUUUUUCAUAUUUAAAGAAGAAAAAUAAAUAAGUUUUACACUCAACUCUUAAAAAAACGAAACUAAAAAUUUCCAAAAAACCCGCCAAGAUAAUUCAGAAAAAUCAAGGGUGCCAGAUAUUGAGAAGGAAAAAUAUCAAAUAAAAUCCUUAGCCUUUACAUAAAGGCAUAGAGAUAAUGAAAAAACUCUAAGAAUUAAAAAAAAAAAAAACUUUGACUAUUUGUAAUAUUAAAAAAUCUGUUUUCUUAGCUUUCAUAAGUAUCCCCUUGAUUAAAGUCUACACUUCAUAAAUUAAAUUGACUAAAAAAAUUUAUUAUUUUUUUAUUUAAAUUUUUUUUCUAUUUAAAAGUCUCUAAACAUUAAAACACUUCUAUAUAAAUUUCGAAAAAAAACUUAUAAAAACUUCAUUUCAAUUAUAAAUAUAUAUAAAGACAAUUCAUCUCUUAGCUUUCAACCCAACAAGAAGAAGUAAACCCCCCAAAAAGGGAGUUUAGUCAUGAAAAAAAUCAUAUUUUGCAAUUAUUAUCUCUAUGAGAAAUAUUUUAGUAAAUAAAAAUAAUUAAUUAUAUUGACAAAAUGAAAAUAAUUAAUUUAACGAACUAACAAAACUUUAAGAAAUAAUUAUUAUAAAUUAUUAUUAUUAAGAAAACGAAAAACCAAAACAAAAAAAAUAAAUAAAUAAAACUUCAUUUUAUUAACAACUAA